GGGGCUGCAGAGCUGGCUCCGGGGGUCCAGGCAGCCUCGGGGAGGCAGGAGAUCGCAGCCCCCUACCCGGGCUGACCGUCCAGGAGUCCUGGCGCUCAGCCGAGUGUGCGGGGACAGGCUAUGGACCCUCAGGGCCUCCUGCCCAAGCCUUGGCUGCCCAUGGGGGUCUGUCUAGCCGUCACCCCCCCAGCUCUGAUCACUAGGCUGGGGCAUUUAUUGGGGUUCGCACAUCCCUAGCCUCGAAGCCAGCAGCAUUGAAAUAUAGCUUCAGCCAAGCGCUCUCUUCCCUGUAGGGAGGAGAGGGGACCAGAGCGUGCGUGGGUCCUCCGCAGCCACCGAUGUCUCUGCAGGGUGGGCUUGGCCGCGGUGCCCCCCCACCCUCGGGAGGAGGGCCCAGCGAUGCGCUGUGACCGUGCCGCCUCCAUGUGGCUGCUGACGGGCCCAGGGGGGAGCAGGCAUGGGGCGCGGCCGCGCCUCCCUCCCACCCCUCCUCGCGGACUGCUGGCUGGGCUAGGCGCAGACGUGAGGGGCCAGCCGCCCGUCCGGCUCUGCAGGACGCUGCUUGACUCCCGCGCGUCGGUCCCUCCGCGCCGGGGCAGGAGCGGCUGUGCGCGGGGUUCCGAGGCCGGGCGGGCGAGCGCAAGCCCCCGGCUUCGCUAUGGGGCACAACAACAGCUGGGUGUCUCCGAACACCAGCCACCCGCGCAACACGUCGGGCGCCGAGGCUGGCGCCAACCGCAGCGCGCUCGGGGAGCUGAGCGAGGCGCAGCUGUACCGCCAGUUCACCACCACCGUGCAGGUCGUCAUCUUCAUCGGCUCGCUGCUCGGUUCAUUAAAAACCUGGCCUGCUCUGGGAUUUGUGCCAGCCUAGUCUGCGUGCCCUUUGACAUCAUUCUCAGUACCAGCCCUCACUGCUGCUGGUGGAUCUACACCAUGUUCUUCUGCAAGGUUGUCAAAUUCCUACACAAAGUCUUCUGCUCCGUGACCAUCCUUAGCUUCCCUGCCAUUGCCUUGGACAGGUACUAUUCAGUCCUCUAUCCUCUGGAGAGAAAAAUAUCUGAUGCCAAGUCUCGGGAACUAGUGAUGUACAUCUGGGCUCAUGCAGUGGUGGCCAGUGUCCCUGUGUUUGCUGUGACCAAUGUAGCUGACAUCUAUGCUAUGUCCACCUGCACGGAAGUCUGGAGCAACUCCUUAGGUCACCUGGUGUAUGUUCUGAUCUACAAUGUCACCACGAUCAUUGUGCCUGUGGCUGUGGUAUUUCUUUUCCUAAUCCUGAUCCGGAGGGCUCUGAGUGCCAGCCAGAAGAAGAAAGUCAUCAUUGCUGCACUGAGGACCCCACAGAACACCAUCUCCAUCCCCUAUGCCUCCCAGCGUGAGGCUGAGCUACAUGCCACCCUGCUCUCCAUGGUGACAGUUUUCAUCCUCUGCAGUGUACCCUAUGCCACCCUGGUUGUCUACCAGACUGUGCUCAAUGUACCUAACACUUCCGUCUUCUUGCUUCUCACUGCCAUUUGGCUGCCCAAGGUCUCUCUGUUGGCCAAUCCUGUGCUCUUCCUAACUGUAAACAAAUCAGUACGCAAGUGCUUGGUUGGGACCCUGGUGCAACUGCAUCACCGCUACAGUCGCCGCAAUGUGGUUAGUACUGGGAGUGGGGUGGCUGAGGCCAGCCUGGAGCCCAGCAUGCGCUCUGGUAGCCAGCUCUUGGAGAUGUUCCACAUUGGGCAGCAGCAGAUCUUUAAGCCCUCAGAGGAUGAGGAAGAGAGUGAGGCCAAGUAUCUCGGCUCAGCUGAUUUCCAGGCCAAGGAGGAGCUUACCUCAUGCCCAGAGGGAGAGCAGGAGCCACAGCUGGCACCUUCUGUACCACCUCCUGGCACAGUGGACUCAGUGUCUCAGGAGACCCCGGUAGCCCCAGUGGAACAUGGGCUACUCCCUGAUAAGUAUUCUCUGCAGUUUGGCUUUGGGCCCUUCGAGUUGCCCCCUCAGUGGCUCUCUGAGACCCGAAAUAGCAAGAAGAGGCUGCUUCCCCCACUGGGCAACACCCCAGAAGAGCUGAUCCAGACAAAAGUUCCCAAACUAGGCAGGGUGGAGCGGAAGAUGAGCAGGAACAACAAAGUGAGCAUUUUCCCUAAGGUAGACUCCUAGCAGGUUCUCAGUGCCUGGAAGCAAUGGGAGCUCUAUAUUCCUGCCCUCCCUUCACUCUGGCUACAAGCCACUGUGGGGUGAUUCCUCCUGUACGGGGCAAAGGGGAAGUUUACAUAAAAUCCAAUGUCCUCUUUAUUGAGGGAGUAUAUAUCCAUCUAUCUUAGUGAUCUGUGUCCUUAGUCAAACCCACUGUAAUCUGGGCAGUAUGGGACAGGUCUGAGGGUCCUUCAUGUAUAUUUUCUGGGGGACUCCUCCUUUCCCUGUGCAUAGCUGAGAAUACAAAGGGAGCAGGCCCAAGAUAAUUGUGGGCUGCAGUGGCCAUGAAGGUGAAGUUGAUACGGUGUUUUUAAUUUGUUGUUGUUGUUGUUGUUUGUUUUUUGAGACAGGGUUUCUCUGUCGCUUUGGAGCCUGUCCCGGAACUCAAUUUGUAGACAAGGCUGGCUUCAAACUCACAGAGCUCCGCUUAUGUCUGCCUCCAGAUUAAAAGCCUGUGUCACUAUGCCCAGUGAGGUAUCCAGUGGUUUUCUAAUAGCUUUCAUCUGAUUUUCUGGGUCCUAAAGCGGGGAUGACUAUGACUGGUCCCACCUUAUGACAGACACAGCAGGGUCUGAGGCAGGCUCUUUGUCCUUGAUUAUCUUUACACCCCGUUGGUAUCACCAAGGCCUCCAACACAUGUACCCGCUUCCACCAGUCACCAUCAGUGCUGCCAAGAAAACACUGCCAGCCCUUCGCCAUGGGUUUUGCUUUAACCUAUAUUUGACACGGAGGGAAACUUUGUGAUGGAGAGCAGUCUGAGAAAUACCCACAAUGCAUAGUUUCCUUUUCUUCCACAUGGUCUAGAACAAAAGACAAGAGUCGGGAUAGUCGAUGCACUGAGGACUUAUAGGAGUGAAGUAAGUAGGCAGAUGUUUGGAAUUACGGGGUGCUGAAGAAACGCAGGUGGCAUAUACUGGGUUCUUUGGUGACGUUAAAGUAAAAUACUUGAUUAGGACAAGUGAUGCUGCCCCAGCCCUCUAGUCCCACCUUCAGCGUGUUGUGUGAGUCUGGUUUCCGCAGAAGACAAGCAGAGCAGGGAGAAAUGUUAAUGGUCAAGUGCUGCAGCAACGCCCGGCCUGACUGGUCACUUCAUCACCUGCCUCCCAGUUUUGGUAUGAGCCACGGUGGGUGGAAGAGGGCGCUCGUCUCAGCAGCGUGGUGACCUGGCUCUUGUGUGUGAUCCACUGUGGGAUUCCUCUCCCAGGCCCAGUUCAAACCUAACCCUUCCCUCUCACACAAGUGGGCGACUCUGCUCUUCUUUUUAGGGUGUUUUGCUCUUGUUCGUGAUACUUGGUGGAGUCAGUCAGGUGCCUUGAGUAGGUGGGUGGCUGUUCCUCACUGUCAGACUUCUUCAUCUCAAAGGCAGUGGUCCUCGUGGCUCCUGUUUUAGCUACGCUGGCUCUUGUCCCCUAGGAGGAAGCUCAGUCCGUGUGUAGGCAAUUUCCUUUGCUUCUGUUGUGUGAUACUCUGUGAUUCCUGAGUGUAAACCCAAACUUCUGCUUGGAGAGGAGGGAACUCCUUCCUCUCUGUGUCACCUCACAGUGUUGUUUGCUCACAGCACAAACAGGGGACUGGCUGGCACCCCUCCUGAGGCUCUGCUGCCCCUGCGCCCUGUGUGCAUGCCAUCUGUAGCUCUUGACCCUGAGACUGUGUUAAUACUGUGACCCUUCAAGCUCAGAUUUCCAGGCCUUCUCAGCUUUUACUAAGGGGGAAAAUAGUCUGUCAGAAAAUUCUAUGCACCCGAGAAGAACGUGUCUAAUGUACUCAUGUUGGUGUCAUCCUGACAGUAUGUAUGUACGACUUAAUACAUUUGUAGCAGCAAAUAUUGGUUAGCAUUUUCUCAUGUGUGUUUGAGAAGGAAGGCUGAUGUCUAAUAGGUUGUCACCGUGUAUUUCUAUACUCUGUGAAGAAUAACAUUUUAAUAAAAAUUAAAAAGCCUUUUCUGAGCUCUAA